AUGGGCUUCAUACACGAGAAUGAUCUGCGCGAUCAAUUUCAGAGUAAUGGCGUUGCCUUGCCGUCGCGUCCGGUGGAUCGCGACGGCUUCCGCUGCUUCCAGCUUGCUGAACUUGCGCCCGAGGUCUCAACGCCCUCGGGCAUGAAGGAGGAGGUUGUACUUCUCGCUUGGCUGGUUGUACUCAUGCGCACACGCGAGGGUACCUUGCCUCGCUUUGAAUGGGCCUACAAGAGUCGCGCAGAGGAUGCCAGCAUUAAGUCCGUUAACUACGAACUGCCCACUGAAACUCUGGUGCCCGGCCUGGAUAGCAGCGUUGAGCAGAUUGCGGCAGCCAUUUCACGACACAUUAAAGCAGUGACCCCGGUGGAACUGGGAGCUGCCCCAAACUCAAUGUCGCUCGUCUUGAGCUCCGGCUCUUUGACGUACGAUGCGGAAGCGAAUGAAGAAGGAGCAAUGCACUUCGAAGUUCGCUUUGAGAACGACCAACUUCGAAUUCGUCCAGUGUGGCAAACCGACAAUAUGCUACAACAUACCGUUAAACACACUGUCGAGCAAUUCUCAGACACUAUUAAGACUUGCCUCGCAAACCCGUCCGCAUCCAUUGAAGAAAGCCUGAAACCAGUUGAAUGCGAUAUCGAGGAAACUUGGCGCAUCAACCAUGAGCUUCCUCCCACAUACAGCUUCGGAACACACGAAUUGUUCUCCGAACGAGCUCAGCAAAUUCCCAACAAGGUCGCUAUUGAUUCAUGGGACGGCCAAUUGACAUACGGCGAGAUCGAUCAAUGGUCAUCUUACGCUGCAUGGAAGCUCAAGGAAGAUAUGGGCGUCGAGCUAAAUGACGUGCUGCCCGUGUGCUUCGAGAAGUCCAAGUGGACCAUCGUCGCAGUACUCGCCGUCAUGAAGGUAGGCGCAACCUUUGCGCUUAUGGAUCCCACUCUCCCGCUUGCUCGAUUACAAAAUAUGGCAAAGCAAGUAGGCGCAAAGGCAAUGGUCUCAUCUCGAAACCAGUACGAAUUCUCAACAGAGAUCAUGCCAAGCGACAAAAUCUUCGUGGUGGAGGCACAGGCCUUCGCCAAUAUUUCCAAGACGGAGGUCAUUGCCCCAUUGCCAACAGUCCCCCCGCAGACCUUGAUGUACAUCAUCUUUACAUCUGGAAGUACCGGUACACCAAAGGGUGUCACAAUUUCGCAUGAAACAUAUACUAGCAGUUGCAUUCCACGAUCCGAGGCUGUGGGCUACAAAGAGGAUUCCCGUGUUCUUGAUUUCGCGUCAUAUGCCUUUGAUGUCAGUAUUGACAGUAUGCUCUGCACUCUGACCAAGGGUGGUACUCUCUGCAUUCCAUCUGACGAAGACCGCCUGAAUGAUAUUAAUGCGGUGAUCCGGGGCAUGAAAAUCAACUAUGCCGGUAUGACACCUUCCGUAGCCCGUAUCUUGGACCCGGAUGUGAUCAAGUCGCUCACAAAUGGUCUUGGCCUUGGUGGAGAGGCCGUGCCUGCAAGAGAUGCCAACAUCUGGGGCCAGGAUGCCCGUAUCAUCAUUGGAUAUGGUCCCUGUGAGUGUACCAUUGGUUGUACCAUCAACAGCAGUGCUGCCACAGGUAGAGAUUACCUCUCUAUUGGACCCGGCAAUGGCGCGGCCAUGUGGAUCGUGGAUCCAAAUGAUCACGACCAGCUCAUGCCCAUUGGUGCAGUUGGCGAAUUGCUGGUCGAGGGACCGAUUGUCGGACAGGGAUACCUGGGCGACCCAGAAAAAACUGCUUCUGUGUUCAUCGAAGACCCUCCAUGGCUCGUCGCUGGCUACAAAGGCCAUGCUGGUCGCAAGGGCCGCCUUUACAAGACUGGUGACCUUGGACGAUACGACCCCGAUGGAUCUGGUGGCAUUGUCUUUGCCGGACGAAAGGAUACACAGGUCAAACUGCGUGGUCAGCGUGUUGAACUUGGCGAGAUUGAGAGUCAGCUUCGCGCUAUCUUGCCAGCGGAGUCCAACGUAAUCGCCGAAGUGAUCGUACCCCAAGGAACCGGAGGCCAGGCCACCCUCAUCGCAUUCGUGACUACUCCCUCCAUGAAAGAGCAAGGCGGCCCUGGUGUUCACUCGGCCGAGCCCUCUGAUGAGCUGCGUGAGAUCCUGCCCAAUGUCAGCACAGAACUAGCCAAGGUCGUUCCACGAUACAUGGUCCCCACAGCCUAUAUCCCAGUCAAUGAUAUCCCAGUUUUGAUUUCUGGCAAGACCGACCGCAAGCAGCUCAGAGCAUUUGGAGCCACCAUUGACCUGCGCGAGUUGGACUCCGACAAUGGAGCUGCGGCUAACCGCGAGUUGACCGACUUGGAAAAGCAGUUGCGCGAUGUCUGGGCUCAAACACUGAAGCUUGAUGCGGAAGGCAUUAAGCCCAAUGACAAUUUCUUUGCUCUGGGUGGUGACUCCGUGGCAGCAAUGAAGCUUGUCUCCGUCUGCCGGUCUAAGGGCCUUGACCUUUCUGUCAUUGGCAUGUUCAGCAACCCAUCACUUGCCGCUAUGGCCAGUGUUAUUGAAACGUUGGAUAGUGGCGCUGCACUGCAAACCGAGACAUCUGCAUUCUCCAUGAUUUCCCAAGCUGCUGAGAGUGCUUGUGUCGAAGCUUCUCAGGUCUAUGGAUUUAAGAAGACUGCCAUUGAGGAUAUUUACCCCUGCACACCUACGCAAGAGUCGCUUUUCACAUUCUCCCUGAAAUCCGUCAAGCCAUAUGUCGCGCAGCGAGUCGCAACUAUCCCAUCUAAUAUCGAACUCACUGCUUGGAAGACGGCUUGGGAGAAGGUCGUCACUAACAGCCCUAUCCUGCGCACUCGUCUCGCUCAGCUUCAGGAACCCGGCCUUCAGCAAGUUGUACUGCAGGACACCAUCUACUGGAGAGACUCGGAUAAUCUUGAAGCUUACCUGGAAAAGGAUCGAAAUGACAGGAUGCAGCUUGGAGACCGCCUUGCCCGCUAUGCUAUCGUUGAGGAUAAUGGUAAGAACUAUAUGGUCUGGACCAUUCACCACGUCGUGUACGAUGGAUGGUCCGAGCCGUUGGUUCUUGCUCAAGUCAGCAAUGCUUUGAAAGAGCAACCGAUUGAAAUCCAGACUCAGAUGCGAGAAUUUGUGAAGUGGGUGAAGGAUACCGAUGAAGGUGCCAUGGAAGAAUUCUGGCGCCGAGAAUUGAAGAAUGCCGUCGGUCCCCAGUUCCCUCGUCUCCCUUCAAGAGAUUUCGUCCCACACCCCGAUGGAAAUGUCGAGCACUCAGUUUCAGUCCAGACAGGCGCUGGAUAUCCUUUCACUUUGGCAACAUUAAUUCGCGGUGCCUGGGCUCUUGUUUCCUCUCAAUACUCGGGAAGUGAUGAUGUCGUCUUUGGCGAGACUCUCACCGGACGUGAUAUCUCUCUACCUGGAGUCGAAGGGAUAGUUGGACCUCUUAUCGCUACUGUCCCAGUGCGCAUUCGUGUUAACCGACAAACCACCAUCGAAUCCUUCCUUCAGGCCGUCCAGUCGGGAGUGCUCACUCGCAGCCCAUACCAACACAUGGGUAUGCAAAAUAUCCGCAAGGUCAGCCGUGAUGCUCAGCAUGCAUGCGAGGCUCCGACUGGUUUGGUCAUCCAGCCAGAUCCCGACUCUGUUGCAGUCGGUGAGCUUGGUUUCGCACAUGGUGAUGUCGUUCGCGAAGCGCUUCACUUCAACCCCUACCCGCUGAUGAUCGGUUGUGGAAUCCGAAAGGGCGGCUUCAGGAUUCGCGCCAACUUUGAUACUUCUUUAGUUCAGGCUUCUCAGAUGGAGCGCGUUCUUGCGCAAAUGGAGGCAGUCUGCUUUGAGUUGACCCGCAAUCUUUCAAGGAGACUGGAUGAGAUAUCUUGUAUCCCUUCCACCGAGUUGAAUCAGAUUUGGCAGUGGAAUGAAACGCCUCCUUUGUCGCUCGAUGGGCCCACCAACACACUCCGUGCCAAUGCGAGCAUCAAGGCCGGAUCCCCGUAUCCCAGCGCCUUGGUGCCUUGGGUGGUUGAUGUUCGAAACCCUUCACUUCUUUCGCCUAUUGGCUGUGUUGGUGAGCUUUGGCUCGAGGGAGCCAUGCUUGCUGGAGAGACCAUUGACUCUCCAGCGUGGCUCGUGGCCGGAAGCUCGGCCUAUGGUGGUCGUACUGGAAAGGUCCAGCCUACGGGAGACAUUGUCCGAUUACAGGAGGAUGGAAGCCUGGUUUUUGUCGGUCGCAAAGAGAAUCUUCUGCCAGUUCAAGGGCAUGCAGUGAAUAUCGCAGAGCUAGAGACCCACUUCGCUAAAUAUCUUCCCCCGACAGUUCGUGCUGCUACUGCAGUGGUUCAAUCGGCCUCGGAAGGUCAGAAGGAUCAGCAGCCGGAAUUAAUUGUCCUCCUCCAGCCGCGGGCUUCUAAAGAGAAGACCGUUGACAUCAUGGCUGAGAAGCACGAGAUUGGAUCAAAGGGCUGCAAAGCGACAACUUGUACGGCUGUCACUUCUAGUCUGGCUCUGGGACUGAAGAAGCUUGAUAAGUUCAUUCACGACUCUCUUCCCACCUACUUAGCCCCCUCGGCGUAUGUGGUCAUUGAGAAGUUGCCCGAAGAGUCCGAAUCAGUUGAUUACCAAACUCUUCUCAACCAGCUGGCCUCCAGUAUUCCUGCACAGGUGCUCGAGAAGCUCCGUGAGGGCUUCCAAGAGGCAUGGAAGAAAACCUCAGCACAGGCUAACCUUACUCCCAAGGAGAACAUCCUCCGAGCUGCCUGGGCCAUGAUCCUUCGCAUGGAGGCGGAGAAAAUUGAUCUCGAUGAUAACUUCUUCCGUCUGGGUGGUGACUCCGUCCUGGCCAUGAAAUUGGUAUCCAGUCUGCGUGCGCAAGGGCACGGCUUGACCGUGGCAGAUAUUUUCCAGCACAUGCGCCUCGGAGAUGCGGCACGGGUCUUGAAGCUUGAUCAGGCUUCCCAGCAGAACAUCAAGCCAUACAAGCCAUUCUCUACCUUGGAUCAGUCGAAUUUGGACUCCUUCCUUUCCGAUAUCGUCUGCCCUAAGCUGGCCAAUCCCGAGUGGACCCUUCACGAUGUCACCCCUGUGACCGAUUCCCAAGUCGUGGAUAUCAAGGCCACUGUCAACACACCUCGCACCGCCAUUCAGUACACCAUGUUAUUCUUCGAUGAAGGCAUUGACCGGGAGAAGCUUCUCCACGCUUGUGAUGAACUCAUCAAGACCCACGAAAUCUUGCGCACGGUCUUCAUCGAACACGAGUCUAAGUUCUACCAAGUUGUCCUGAAUGAGAUGGAAACACCCUUGACCAAGCACUUGGCAGACGAUGAUCUCGAAAAGUCCGUCAAGGAGGUGUGCGCCGUUCACGCCGAGCUGGACUACAACCUCGGCUCAUCUUUCCUGCAAAUUUUGCACGUCGAGGGCAGAAAUGGCAGCGAAUGCCUCGUGCUGGGCUUGUCACACGCUCAAUACGACGGUGUCUCUCUCCCGAAGGUGCUGCAGGAUCUCGAGACAUUCUACACUGGUGGUGAGAUUGCUGCCCAUGAGCCUUUCUCCGUAUACAUGGGUCGUGUGUCAGACGCGCGCGUUCAGCAGACCGCGAUUAACUACUGGGGUAACCUCCUCAAGGGCUCUUCUUUGUCCGUCCUCGAAGGAACGUCCGUCAAGGCCGGCGACAGAGGCGUCUUCAAGACAAAGACUGUCGAGAACGCACAGCCACUGGAAUACAUUACUACCGCAAAUCUGCUCACUGCAGCCUGGGCGUUGGUACUGGCCCGCCGUCUCCGCAAGGCAGAUGUCACAUUUGGAGGUGUUACAUCUGGUCGCACGAUUGAUCUGCCUAAUGUCGAGAACAUCGUUGGUCCCUGCUACCAACUCACUCCUAUCCGCGUCCUCUUCGAGUCCCACUGGACAGCUAUGGAUCUCCUGCAGUACGUCCAGAAACAAAGUGCCGAGUCAGCUGCCUACGAUUUCCUUGGUUAUGAGAAGAUUUCUCAGCAGGUUGAGUGGUCUGCUGGUCAGUUCUAUGAUUCCCUUGUUCAUCAUCAGGAUUGGGAUGAUUUCGAUACCAUGCCUUUCGCCGGCGGAACGUGCAAGGUUGAUAUUUUGAAUCCUCAUGGUGAUUCCCCUUAUCCGAUGAAGGUUGUUUCGUUCGUUAAGGAAGGCAAGGUCAAUGUUGGUCUUGUUGGCAGUGAGAAUGAUUCAGUGUUUGUUGAUGGGGCUUUGGAUGAGUUGGCUGCUACUGUGCAGGAAUUGAGUUGUCAGAGUGCGGAGGCCUUGCUUGAUGCUGAGGUUUUCUAG